AUGCAUGUCAAAACAUCUCAGUCUCAUUGGAUGAUAGCGUUUGCAGUUUUCGCGCUUCUGCCUGUUCUAAUUCUCGCACGCUAUGAUAAAUGUCACCCGAGGAAUAAGUUGAAUAGGACUUGGAAUAAAGCAGUAGAAUACGGCUUUCAAACUGUUCUGAGGAUGAUGAGACUUGACACCGUUUUGAAACGCAGCUGUAGAUAUGUGAGACGCGCUAUGCGUUGCGCUUAUCAAGCUUACCUCUACACUCACGAUCAUCCCAAUCACAAUUACUCUCAUGUCGAUCGACGUCGAUCUUGUGUUGUGGUUAAGUUGAGUAUCGAUACGCCAUUGGUGAAGAUCGUCCACAAAGCUGUGAAGAAAAACAUGAUGUCUCUAAUUAUGGCUAAAUCUCUGUAUGGAUGCAGUUUAUACACGCGGGAUAGAUUUCGUAUAAGAAGGCUUAUGUUCCGAGCUCUCGUGGCCCUGUCUUUCGUUGCAAACGCUGUUUCUCAGUGUCAUUACAAUGGAACAGACAUUAGCGCUCGAUGGCAGGUAGUCGACGACAAGAUCACAAUAGAGUUCGUGAACAAAAAUAUUGGGGACAACGUUUGGACGGGUCUUGCCUUUGGACCUAAUAUGACAGACUUAGAAGUUGUGCUCGUCAAGAUCCAGAACAACAAGCCAGAAUUGGUAACUGGUCAAACAACGGGCUGGGAGGCCCCAACACUGGACAACGCCGCAAAUGUUUCUCCUCAGUUGCUCAGCUUCAAUAGUAAUCAACUGACGUUCCGAUUCGCUAGACCACUCGGCGACCAUGGUGCUAGGGGACACAAUCUGGAACAGUGCCAGAAAUGGAGUUUCGUUCGCUCCAGUCCUUUAGGAAGCAAUGGUCAAGUGCGGAAACAUAGCUACACACCGAUUUCAACAGUGGUAUGUCCUCGGCAAUGUGUUCAAGUUUUCGACACUCGCGAUGUUAUCGCAAACCCAGUACCACAAUUAGCCAUCUACAACAACAGACAAAGUUCACGCUUUGAUGGUCUGCACGGAUACUACAGGGUUUAGCCUACCCGUCUGAACCUGGCGUAGUUAAUUCUGUAUCCUGACCUUUAAAUGAUAUCCAAU